ACAAAAUAAUAAAUACCUUCCUUAUUAAUAAUAUGGCAAGAAUAAAAAUUAUUUUGGAUAAAACUGAACCGUCGAAAAGGCUACAUGUCCUUGCUCUUGACAGUGAUACUCAUUGUUACUUGAAUGUUAAGAUAUCUUUAGCUGUGGAAUUAGUCAAUCGGAAUUAUAAAGAUAUACUUAAUGCGUUUAUGAUAUUUAGAAUUGAUUUUUGCGAUGCAUUCAGUGAAGCAAAAUCAAAUGAGAAAUUUCGAAAAAAUUUGGGAUCUUUUAAAGACACUUCAUUUCUUUGGAAAAUUUCACCAAAGGAUGUUACAGACGUAUACGAACAAGUUUUUACAGAAUUUAAAAAAUUGAAACCAAAAAAACUCAGUUUCAUUACUUGCUAUCCGCAAGAAAGUAAAAGUAGAGAACUAGACUUCGGAAAUUCCGAAGUUACCUACGACCAAGUUAAUCUGCGUAACAAUAUUUUUCUAUCAGAAACCGAAAAUCCUGAUAUUAUGCAGGAUCAGGAUUAUUUAUCCGAUAAUAUAAAUUGCUCGACUUCUCAAUCUCAAUACGACGAACCAGAACUCGAUAAUUCCGAAACUAUAUUAAAUAUUGAUAAUAGUAACACAAAUGAUUUGAAUUCAACAAUUCAAUUUGGAAAUACUGAGGUAUCGGAUAAUUUAUAUAGUUUAUCGGGUGAAUCAAAUUACUUAAUUCCUCAAGGGCCAGAAUUUGAUAAUUUUGAAACUACACUUGAUCAAUUUAAUAUUAAUAAUAUUAAUAUGAUCUCAGAGACUAAUCAGUUUGAUAGUUCUGAAGUUACUAACAUAGACUAUAAUAUUCCUCAACUACAAUAUCUUUCAUCCGAUAAUGCUGCUUAUAAUAUGGCUUAUAAUUUUGGCUUUGAAUAUUUCGAUUCUUCCAGAAGUAUGACCUGUUAUGAACGACUGAAGUUAAUUAACCAACCCAUCUUUAUUAUUAUCCAAAAGGAUAUUUAUUUUGCGAAUACCUGUUGAUUUUUCAUUACAUAGUCCUUGAUUGAAUCAAGUGUAUGUUUAAUUAAAUAUUAAACAGAGGUUUCUUCUUUUUUUUUAUUUUUAUUCAUUCAAUUAUCUAAUAUAUUUGAGGUUUGUGAAAUUAACAUUACGGCAGCAUGAAUAGAUCAGUAAAAUUUUAUAUUCCUACAUUUUAUUUUAUAAAAUAAAAAAAUUAAUAUUGUGGGGGAAAUGCAUUAUGUGCAGUAUGAUUAUCACCGGUUCAAAUUGAAAAAACAUUAUCCAAACUUUUCACCGCGCUUUUAAGAAGGUUUAGAUUAGACAAGCUAAAAAUUCCAUUAUUAAUUUAUAAACAAGUUUUAUAAUAUUGAUGUUUUCAGCUUAAAUUUUUAUUUUU